CCCGCCAUCCUCUCUCCCCGCUCCGCCUGUGAUUGGCUGAGCCCCCAGCCCUCCCCGCUCCCCUCUCCUCCACCCCUGGUGAAAACUGCAGGCUCCGAGCAGGGUGCAGCAACUGGAGGCGGCGGCGUGGCGGCAGGAGGCUGCAGCAGCGGAGGACCCGAGUCCAGGUCCGGGAUUGAGCUGUCGGCACCAUGCACCCGGCCAUUGGCAUCACUCUUCUGCUGACAGUCUUGCAGGUGUCCCGAGGGCAGAAGGUGACCAGCCUAACGGCCUGCCUGGCAGACCAGAGCCUCCGUCUGGACUGCCGCUAUGAGAAUACCACCACCUUGCCCAUCCAGUACGAGUUCAGCCUGACCCGUGAGACAAAGAAGCACGUGCUCUACGGCACUGUGGGGGUGCCCGAGCACACAUACCGCUCCCGAACCAACUUAACCAGCAAGUACAACCUCAAGGUCCUCUACUUAUCUGCCUUCACCACCAAGGACGAGGGGACCUACACGUGUGAACUCCGCCUCUCCGGCCAGCCUUCCUCCGUCUCCUCCCAAAACGUCUCUGUGCUCAGAGACAAGCUGGUCAAGUGUGAGGGCAUAAGCCUGCUGGCCCAGAACACCUCGUGGCUGCUGCUGCUCCUGCUGUCCCUCUCCCUCCUCCAGGCCACGGACUUCAUUUCCCUGUGACUGCUGGGGCCCAUGGGGGAUACAGGAAGCCACGAGUCCCAGUGCAGAGAUCCUACUUCUCUGGGUCAGCUGACCACACCCCAUGCCCCAUACACCUCGGGGAGAAAUGGGGUCCCCACUCCUUAUCAGGAGCCCCAGUGCUGCAUGCCAUGAUCUACCCACCCCCCCAACUGCCACCUCACCCUCCCCGCACACCUCUGGCUGUCUUUUUGUACUCUUCGUUCCAGAGCUGCUUCUGUCUGGUUUAUUUAGGGUUUUUCCUUCCUUUCCUUUGGGAGUUCGUGAAAAGGGAAGCCAGGGUUGGGGACCUGAUGGAGCGUGAAAGCGUGUGAGGGGUAGUGGGCUGGAGGGGUACCAGCCACUGGGGGUCAUCCUCGCCCACUGGGACCAGAGGCCUGAUGUGCAUGGGGAGGGGGCGGGGUGUGUCAGGCCUAGCACUGCCCUCAGCAGGCAGGGCUGGCACCUCAAGGCCACAGACGUGAGAGCGGAGCUGAGCAUCUGCAGGGGCAUCCUCAGCCACAGCAGAAAAAGCCCUCGUCUUACCACUGCGGGAGCCCCCUGGGGACCCUGGGCCAGGGCCACACCCCAGUGACGAUCCAGAUUCUGCCAGGAGAGCUGUGCUAAUGGAGGGUUGGAGAAGGGGGUGGGAGGUGAGGGCCCCUCAUCCCUCCCUUCCCAAGGAAGCUGAAGGUGUGAGCCUUCACUGCCCCCACCAGCAGUGACAGGGCUGCCGAGGCUGUCCCAGGCCCCCAAGAGCUUCCAGAAGUCAGGUGGGAUAGAGUCCGAGAGCCACACAGAGUUUGGCCCCAGUUUCUAAGGGAGCUUCUUCUUCCCUCACCCAUCAGGGCCAGCCCCUGCUGGCUGGUGCCCGGGCCCCUCGGCAGCCCCCUGCCCCACUGGCCUGCCUUCUCAGGGACCUCGGGGCGGGGGGCAGGGGGGCCUGAGGCAGGCAGUGGCGUGAGACCCGGGAGCGGGACACUCCUGGGAAGAUGGCUUUUCCCCGACCCCCAGCCCCCCGCCCGGCAGCUCUGCCUGUCCUGUGACCAUGUGUAGUGCCGCCACAGCUUAUGGCAUCUCAUUGAGGAAAAAGAAAACUGCACAAUAAAACCAAGCCUCUGGAAACUG